AUGAUGGGAAUGAUGGGAACAAUUGUUCCAAAUGUAAGGGGUGCAACUGUGCAAAUUUCAGAAUGCAGAGGUAAGUUUGGAAAUAUCUAUUCAGGCGUACACAAUGAAACCGACUAUGAUCGGGUAUAUAAACGCAAUGAUUUAAAAAAUAUUUUAGUUUUACAGGCAUUAUAUUAUUGUAUUUUAAUUUUUUGUUUUACCUAUCAUAGUGUGCAAGACAAUGAAAAUGAAGAAUCUAUUAUCGUAAAAUUUGUGAAAGACUUUUUUGAAAUCUUAGACAAAAAUCGUCAUAUAGUUCAUACAUUGUUCCCUGAAGAUGGGACAUGUAUUAUGCUUGGCCACCGUAUGACUGGCCAUUCAGCAAUUACACGAGCAAUGUUAUCAAUGGCCACCACAAUUCAUCAACUAUUCAGUAUCGAUAUUUUAACUCUCGAUAUGCAGUUACCUGAUAAAGUUCAAAUGUUCCAAGUGCUGUGUGCAGGUGAUGUCAAAUUUGGAAAUGAUGGAGAGAUACACGGCUUCACUGCUACUUUUUUAGUAUAUUUUUUAAGGCCCAAUGUUUUGAAUGUAGUAUCGUUUAACGAACGAUGUCAAUGGCCUAAAUUGUCCUAGUGUUAAGUUAAUAAACAAAUUUAAAAAAUAGCAAAAACGUAUAAAAAAUGUUUUUUA